CACUGGUCAAUCCUCAAGCCUCACAAGCACCACUGCCUCCCCACGUCGCCCAAAAUGUCUUCCAUGGCGGAUGCAGUCCUUGGGUCCGACAACAUUGACCUCAACGCCCCGACCCCGUUAUCAUCAAGCGAUCCGACGGGUGGAAGGCGAAGACAACAACGCUCCUCUUCCCGUCAAAGAGGCCCUCCCUCUGACGGCGCCGGCGCAAAUAGCGAUAUCGAAGGCUUUCCGGAUGAUGAGGUUGUUGGUGCAAGGGGAACUGUCCGCAGGUCGGCAGGUCCGCGCCAGGACAUUCCCCGUGUAGUGGAUGUCACUGGCGAGACCUUGUCGCAGCGAUUCGAAGAGUUCCUUGAAGGCUACAUUGAAGACCCAGCUUCCUCCGGCGUACCUGCAUCAAGCGCAGUACAGACUACCGACAAGUACUACAUUGCGCAAAUUCACGGUCUGCGGUUAUACGGCCUGUCAACACUCUAUGUCGACUUCACCCACCUUAUGAGGCAUGAAGAGGGUGUCGUGGCAAACGCAGUAGCCAACGAGUACUACCGUUUCCUUCCAUACAUGACCCGGGCCCUCCACAACCUGAUCGCGAAGUACGAGCCGCAAUAUUUCAGGGAACACAGACAACCAAACUCCACUUCGUCCGUGACGAACUCAUCUGUGGCCGGCACCGGAGCCAGUCAAGAGGAAAGUAUGUCAGACAAGACACCAAACCAGCAGACCGACAAGCUGUUCACGCUUGCUUUCUACAACUUGCCGCUUGUCUCCCGUAUCCGCCAAUUGCGCACAUCGUCCAUCGGCAAACUCCUGUCCAUUUCUGGCACCGUGACCCGUACCUCAGAAGUCCGCCCAGAAUUGUCUCUGGCUACAUUUAUCUGUGAAGUCUGUAACACUCCAGUAUCCAACGUCGAGCAGACUUUCCGUUACACCGAGCCUACGCAAUGUCCCAACUUGACUUGCGGUAACCGCCAGGGAUGGCGCCUGGACAUAAGGCAGAGCACUUUCGUGGAUUGGCAAAAAGUGCGUAUCCAGGAAAACAGCUCCGAGAUUCCUACCGGUAGCAUGCCCCGUACUAUGGAUGUUAUUCUGCGUGGAGAAAUGGUCGACCGUGCCAAGGCAGGAGAGAAGUGUAUCUUCACUGGAACGGCCAUCGUUAUCCCUGACGUCAGUCAGUUCAGAGUACCGGGUGUCAGGCCUCAGGCGAUGAGGGACAACAGCAGUAUGCCAAGAGGUAACGAUGUUGGAGGUAGUGGUGUCAGUGGCCUUAAAGCGCUUGGUGUCAGAGAUCUUACUUACAGAAUGGCGUUCCUUGCUUGCAUGGUCACGCCCGACACUUCCACUCCAGGACAGAGCGCAACUCAACACCUCCAGGGCCAGGCAGGCAAUAUCCUGGCCUCUCUUAACCAGACCGCUCCCAUGGAGACGAACCAGACUGGAGAGGAAGCGCAGGCCGAAUACCUGGCCACCCUUACGCCUUCUGAAAUUGAGGAUCUCCGGAACAUGGUUCACAAGCCAAACAUCUUCAUGCGCUUGGUCGACUCCAUUGCACCUAUGGUAUAUGGUCAUCAGGUCAUCAAGAAGGGUCUUUUGCUCCAGCUUAUGGGCGGUGUAAGCAAAGUUACGCCGGAAGGCAUGGCUUUGAGAGGUGACAUCAACAUCUGCGUCGUCGGUGACCCCAGUACCAGCAAGUCUCAAUUCCUCAAGUACAUCUGUUCAUUCCUGCCUCGCGCCGUGUACACGUCCGGAAAGGCGUCUUCGGCCGCUGGUCUUACUGCUGCCGUGGUCAAGGAUGAAGAGACUGGCGACUUCACCAUCGAAGCUGGUGCUCUUAUGCUUGCCGACAAUGGUAUUUGCGCCAUUGACGAAUUCGACAAGAUGGACAUUGCCGACCAAGUCGCAAUCCACGAAGCCAUGGAACAGCAGACCAUCUCUAUUGCUAAGGCCGGUAUCCAGGCCACCCUGAACGCGCGCACGUCCAUCCUCGCUGCCGCAAACCCAGUUGGUGGUCGCUACAACCGGAAGACGACGCUUCGUGCGAACGUCAACAUGAGCGCGCCCAUCAUGUCUCGUUUCGAUUUAUUCUUUGUCGUCCUCGACGAGUGUGACGAGGGUGUGGACAAGCACCUGGCAGAGCACAUUGUCAACAUUCACCGCCUGCGUGAUGACGCUGUCGAGCCCGAGUUCAGCACAGAGCAAUUGCAGCGCUACAUUCGCUUCGCGCGCACCUUCAAGCCCGAAUUCACGCCCGAGGCAAAGACAACGCUGGUGGAGAAAUACAAGGAGCUGCGUGCGGACGACGCCCAGGGCGGAAUCGGCCGCAACAGUUACCGCAUCACGGUCCGACAAUUGGAGUCGAUGAUCCGUCUGUCGGAGGCCAUCGCCAAGGCCACAUGCGUGAGCGAGGUGACCCCCGAAUUCGUGCGCGAGGCAUACAACCUGCUGCGACAAUCCAUCAUUUCAGUCGAGAAGGACGACGUCGAAGUCGAGGACGAAGAGGAAGAAGGCGCAGUAGCGGAUACCGAAGCCGGCGCCAACGCCGACGAGGAGAUGGGUGAUGGCGAGGAAGAAGCACCUGCCGAGAACACUCCUGCCGCGCCCGGCGCGUCGAGCACUCCAGGCCCCUCGCAGGCGCGCGAGAGGACCAAGAUCACGUACGACAAGUACAUGACGAUCCUGAACAUGCUGGUGCGGCGGGUCAACGCGGACGCGGCAACGAGCGAGGACGGCGUCGAGGAAGAGGAGCUGCUGGUGUGGUAUCUGGAGCAGAAGGAAGCGGAGCUGGAGACGCAGGAGGAUUUGGAGGCCGAGCGGACGCUAGCGAAGAAGGUGCUCAAGCGGAUGGUCAAGGACAACAUCCUUAUGCAAAUCCGUGGCGAGGGUCUCGCGGAUGACCAGGGAGAGGGCCUGCAGCGCCAGGAUCACGUUGUCUAUGUCAUGCACCCGAACUGCGCGGUCGAGGAAAUGUAAAACGAAAAGAUGAGGAGCCGGACAGGGGGCUUUUAGGGUUGGCGGCAUGUGUCGGAUGGGUUGAUGGCGUUCUGAGUAUGGUCUUAGUUGAUACCAGGGUUCUGCUGUUGUGUACGAGGAGAAUUGAGAGAUGACUGUAUGUAUAAAAACGUUUAAGUUGUUUGAGGCUUUGGGGCUGGGGAAACUCUUUGGGCUUCGUUUCUUGGGAUAGGUGAGAGGUUCUAGGACGGUCGAUCGUGUGCUAGGUAGCUAACUUCACUGAGCCGCAGUUCUUUCCCGCGAGCGCGGCUGCAACAAAACUUCUAACAAACGCGUACUUGAACUGACUGCAUAAAAUGAGCGCAUAUAAUCUAAAACAGGAUCCCCAAAUCCACUAAACAAACGAAGCUUCCACCUGACAAAAUAAAAACAAACCAUUAUCAAAUCAUCCAUCAAUCAUAACGACCCCUGAUCCAACAGAGUCAGAACCCACUAUCUCAACC